CUACUUCUUCCCGGGUGGCUGCUUCGAAAGUCUUUGGUUUCGGAAUCAGACGGGGGAGGACGAUCGGACGUCUCGCUAGGACAGGGAAGGGUCCGGGAAGGAAUUAUUUAGUCUAGCAACUCCAGGAAGUUGGGUAAGGAGAGCCUGCUUAUCGGCCUAUCCAUCUCGGUUGCUACGGAGAUCAUAAAUCAGGAAAAUGGCGGACGGUUUUUCUCUCACCGACGCCCUGGCGGGAUCCGGCAACCCCAACCCUCAGGGCUGGCCGGGGGCUCCGGCCCCGGGGGCUUACCCCGGCUAUCCCGGGGCUUAUCCGGGCUACCCCGGCCAACCGCCAAGCGGCCCCGGGGCCUACCCCGGCCAAGCUCCUCCCGGGGCCUACCCGGGCCAAGCUCCGCCGGGGGCCUACCCCGGUCAACCGCCAAGCGGCCCCGGGGCCUCCUACCCGGGCCCGGCUCCCCCCGGGGCCUCCUACCCGGGCCCGGCUGCCCCCGGGCCUUACCCGGGACAACCUCCAAGCGGACCCGGAGGCUACCCGGCCGCUGGCCCCGGCUUCGGCCGACCGCCCGCUUCCUUCGGUCCCUUGACCGUGCCUUAUGAGCUGCCCUUGCAGACCGGGUUCAUGCCCCGCACCAUGAUCACCAUCGUGGGCACAGUGAACCCCCAGGCCAACAGGCUGGCCUUGGAUUUCAAGAAGGGGCCCAACGACGUGGUCUUCCACUUCAACCCCCGCUUCAAUGAGGACAACAAGCGGGUCAUCGUCUGCAAUUCCAAGCUGGACAACAACUGGGGCCGAGAGGAGAGGCAGAGCACCUUCCCCUUCGAGGCGGGCAAGCCCUUCAAGAUCAUGGUCCUCUGCGAGACCGACCACUUCAAGGUCGCCGUCAACGACGCCCACCUGCUGCAGUACAACCACCGGAUGCGUGACCUGAACCAGAUCACCGGCCUGGCCAUUUCCGGCGACAUCACCCUCACCAGCGUCACCCCCGUCAGCUUCUGAGGCGGGGGGCCUCCGCCCACACCCCGCGGGGAGGAAGGUGGUUCCGUUCGCGUCCCCGCUCCUAAGUAGCCGCAUUUAAUAAAUGCUCUUACACGA